AUGAGUUUGGCGUCUAUACUUGAACGACACUUAAACUGCAUUAGAACGGGACUGAGGCUUGAGUUCGCCUUGCCCGUUGUGCAGUUAGGAGCCGAAAACGCGGACAGCAUCGGUGCCGUGCUGAACAGCAAAGAUGACCAGCGGGAGAUCGCGGAGACGAGAGAAACGUGUAGGGCUGCUUAUGAUACUUCUGCACCAAAUGCAAAACGCAAAUACCCAGAUGAGGGAGAAGCUGAUGAAGAAGAGAUUGAAGAAUAUAAGGAUGAAGUAGAGCUGCAGCAAGAUGAAGAGAACCUGCCCUAUGAAGAAGAGAUUUACAAAGAUUCCAGUACCUUUCUUAAGGGUACUCAGAGCUUAAAUCCACACAACGAUUACUGCCAACACUUUGUGGAUACAGGACACAGACCACAGAACUUCAUCAGAGAUGUUGGCUUAGCAGAUAGGUUUGAAGAAUAUCCAAAACUUAGAGAGCUCAUCAGGUUGAAGGAUGAGCUGAUAUCUAAAUCUAACACUCCUCCCAUGUACUUACAAGCGGACUUGGAAGCUUUUGAUAUUAGGGAACUGAAGUCCAAAUUUGAUGUGAUUCUUCUGGAACCACCACUGGAAGAAUACUACCGAGAGACUGGCAUUACUGCUAAUGAAAAAUGCUGGACCUGGGAUGAUAUCAUGAAACUGGAAAUUGAAGAAAUUGCAGCCCCAAGGUCAUUUGUGUUUCUGUGGUGUGGUUCAGGCGAGGGUCUGGAUCUUGGCCGAGUGUGUCUACGCAAAUGGGGUUACAGAAGAUGUGAGGACAUUUGUUGGAUUAAAACGAAUAAGAACAAUCCUGGAAAGACCAAGACUCUAGACCCUAAGGCUGUUUUCCAAAGAACCAAGGAGCACUGCCUCAUGGGCAUUAAAGGAACUGUGCGCCGCAGUACAGAUGGUGACUUCAUCCAUGCUAAUGUUGAUAUUGACCUAAUCAUCACAGAAGAGCCUGAAAUUGGCAACAUAGAAAAACCUGUAGAGAUUUUUCACAUCAUUGAGCAUUUCUGCCUUGGACGACGACGUCUUCAUCUUUUUGGAAGGGACAGUACAAUUCGACCAGGUUGGCUGACUGUAGGACCUACCCUCACAAACAGCAAUUUCAAUGCAGAGACGUAUUCUUCGUACUUCACAGCUCCAAAUUCCCACCUGACUGGCUGUACCGAAGAGAUUGAGAGACUUCGGCCCAAGUCACCUCCACCCAAGUCUAAGUCUGACCGGGGUGGUGGUGCUCCAAGGGGAGGAGGAAGAGGAGGGACUUCAGCAGGCCGAGGAGAAAGGGGCCGAGAGAGGAACAGAACUAACUUUCGGGGUGAGAGGGGUGGCUUCAGAGGGGGACGUGGAGGUACCCAUAGAGGAGGCUUCCCCACCCGCUGAUGACUGUUAGGUAAUUGCUUCUUCCCCCCAUCCUAUGCCUCAUCUCUGAAUCUUUUUCUUAGUCUUGUUUUUGCUAAAGUGAAUUAUUCUGGGGACUUGAGCUAGAUGACUUUUAAAACUGGUUUUGGUGCAAGCAGUUACAGAUAGUCUGCCUUCCAGUGACUGGCCUGGCACAUCCGCUCAGCUGGCAGGCAGGGUCCUGCACCUGACAGCACUAAACUCAGCCUCCCAACAGCUUCUAUUUGUCCAAGCAGAGCGCACCAUCUCUUCAAACCAUGGAUGGGAUUGAAGUGAAGACACUCGCUCUUCCCUUAUGAAACUUGCAAGUUGUAGGCUCCAUUAACUCUAUUCUUCUCCAAAACAUGGAUUCCUCUUCCUUCUCUGAAGGUGCAGGUUUGGACUGACUUGGAUUAAUACGGUGGAGUGGGCGUGAAAUGCAGUUCUGAAUUGCAUGGCCGUAGCAGACUUACUCUCUUAUUCGUGGAAGAAAAAGUGCUGUGUCUAUACUGACGCCUAUUUUAACUUCUUUGAAACCAAGGAGCAAACUGAAUAAAUAGAAUUCUAUUUUUUCUUAUUUGGUUAAAAUUUCCCAAAUGAUUCCUGGGAAUAGGGAACAAGUUUAUCUUUUGUGGUGUAUAUGCACUGACUUUUCAUGUCUGAGGUGGGGAGAGUGGUAGUUCUGUGCAGUUGUCUUGUGCUUCAUGGAAAGCAGGAAGUUGUGUAUUUAUGUGCAGUCCAGAACGUCUGCAAAGGUCUGUAUAGCUGCUCGAGUAGGGAUUUUCACCCAGCGUCUGUCCACAAUAGCCUUGUUCUUUGGUAGGGAAAACCAGUUUUAUUGCAGAGCAAUUGCAGUGUAAGUAGCAGAGAGACCUUGUUGGAGGUCGUAUUGGAAAUGCCAGGUGAUCUUGUAAGAAAGAGCGAGUGCUUCCUGAAAAUAAUCACCUGGGUAAUGAGGGUGCAGUAAUCGAACCGAGUGUUUCGCUUUGCCCGUGGAUGUUACGUGCACUGGAAGUAGACUGUUGGUGAUCAGCUCCGGAGUACCGUGUGAAAUGAAAGCAGUUCACUUUGGUGUAUGUACAAUAUUUGUUUUUAGCAAAACCACAACUCUGAGCUUCUUGGCCAAUACUUGGUAGACUGAACAAACCUGGCUGUUGAAGUCUCAAAAUCUUAGGUGUUGGAAAAUUGGCUUUUAGGUCUCAUAAUGUUUCUCUAUUGAAGCCUAGCUUUUAUAUAACUGUCCUGUAAAGUAGUGGAUUAUUAAACUUGUUUAUCAAA